CCUCUCUCAGCUCACAACCCUCUCGCCUUCCUCAGAGAAGCACACUCUCUCUCUAACAGAAUGGCUCCUACCUACACCAGAGACUGUGACAACACCAUGCUCUCUAUUAAAGACAAACAUAAACUAAGGAAACCAGUUGUGGAGAAGAUGCGUAGAGACCGCAUCAACACCUGCAUAGAGCAGCUCAAGACCCUGCUGGAGAGGGAGUUCCACAAACAGGACCCCAAUGCCAAGCUGGAGAAGGCUGACAUCCUGGAGAUGACGGUGGGGUUCCUGAAGCAGCAGCUGCAGCCUCAGAGCCCAGUUCCUCAGAGGGCCCACAGUGAGGGCUACUCCCAGUGCUGGAGGGAGACACUGCACUUCCUGUCUUCCAGCUCCAUGAAGGACAUGAUGCUCCAGAACCUCCAGAGAGCUGGCCAGGACAUCUGUCUCUCCUCUCCACUCUCCUCCCAACACCAAAACCACAGCCAGGGUCCAGUGAAGCAGGCCACAAGUGGCCACGAACCAGUCUGGAGGCCUUGGUAGAACCACCGCAUAGAGAGACUCUCUGUCUCACAAACUGGAUGGGUGUUUACCAUCUUUCAUCCUGUAGGAAAUCUCUGUUUCUGAUUGUACUAUCUGCUUAGGUCCUUUAUGAAGGAUAGAAAACGUCAUAUGACAAGCGUUAUAGUUUGUUGUCCCCUGUAUGGAGCUGUCUGUAAAAUAGACUACUAUGAAUCUGCUUUGUGAGUAGACGUAGGCAAUACUUUUUCUGCUGCCUAAACUUCCUGCCAUGUGGCAUAUGACUCUUAUGGAGUCGACUCAGAUAUUGAUGAUGAAUAUAGAAUCAAUUGUAUUCUAAAUGCAAAAUAUUUAUUGGAGAUGAAUUAUCACGUUUAAGUGAAAUCCUUUUAUAAAGGAACAGAUUGCACAUGAUGAGUCAUCAUGCAUACUGGGGCGACAGGUAGCCUAGCAUUGGGCCGGUAACUGAAAGGUUGCUAGAUCGAAUCCCCAAGCUGACAAGGUGAA